UGGGAGACCGUAUCAAAAGCUUUAAAAAUCUAGUAUCAGAGGGGUAGCCCUGAUGGAUGCACUGACUGGUCGGUGGAUUACAAGAAGUAUCAAGUUCUAGUGGGAGAGCCUGUUCGUAUAAAAUGUGCAUUAUUUUAUGGCUAUAUCAGAGCAAAUUACUCUCUAGCACAAAGUGCUGGCCUUAGUUUGAUGUGGUACAAAAGCUCUGGACCUGGAGAUUUUGAGGAACCUAUAGCUUUUGAUGGAACUAGAAUGAGUAAAGAAGAGGAUUCUAUUUGGUUUCGGCCAACAGUGGUGCAAGACAGCGGUCUUUACGCAUGUGUUAUAAGAAACUCUACUUACUGUAUGAAAGUAUCCAUCUCACUGACAGUGGGUGAAAAUGACACUGGACUCUGCUACAAUUCAAAGAUGAAGUACUUUGAAAAAGCUGAACUUAGCAAAAGCAAGGAAAUCUCAUGCCCUGACAUAGAGGAUUUUUUAAUUCUAUAUAGAGAGCCUGAAAUCCUGUGGUAUAAGGAAUGCAAGGCAAAAACAUGGAGACCGAGUAUUGUGUUCAAAAAGGACACUCUCAUCAUCCGGGAGGUUAGAGAAGAUGACAUUGGAAAUUAUACUUGUGAGUUAAAAUAUGGAAUCUUCGUUGUCAGAAGAACUACAGAAUUAACAGUUACAGCACCACUAACAGAUAAACCACCAAAGCUUUUGCACCCUUUGGAAAGUAAGCUGAUGAUUCAGGAGACCCAGUUAGGCAAUUCUGCUAACCUAACCUGCCGAGCUUUCUUUGGAUACAGUGGAGACGUGAGUCCUUUAAUUUACUGGAUGAAAGGAGAGAAGUUUAUUGAAGACUUGGAUGAAAAUCGGGUCUGGGAAAGCGAUAUUAGAGUUAUUAAGGAACAUCUUGGAGAACAGGAAGUUUCCAUCUCAUUAAUUCUCGACUCGGUGGAAGAAGGGGACCUAGGAAAUUACUCAUGUUAUGUUGAAAAUGGAAAUGGACGCAGACAUGCCAGCAUUCUUCUACAUAAGAGGGAGCUGAUGUAUACAGUUGAGCUUGCUGGUGGGCUUGGUGCUAUUCUGCUGCUGCUUGUUUGUUUAGUGACUAUCUACAAGUGUUACAAGAUUGAGAUUAUGCUCUUCUACAGGAAUCAUUUUGGAGCUGAAGAACUAGAUGGAGACAACAAAGAUUAUGAUGCAUAUCUAUCCUAUACCAAAGUGGAUCCAGACCAGUGGAAUCAAGAAACUGGGGAAGAAGAACGAUUUGCUCUUGAGAUCCUACCAGAUAUGCUUGAAAAGCAUUAUGGGUACAAGUUGUUCAUACCAGAUAGAGAUUUGAUUCCCACUGGAACCUACAUUGAAGAUGUGGCAAGAUGUGUAGACCAAAGCAAGCGACUGAUCAUCGUCAUGACUCCAAAUUAUGUGGUAAGGAGAGGCUGGAGCAUCUUCGAACUGGAAACCAGGCUUCGGAACAUGCUAGUCACUGGAGAAAUUAAAGUGAUACUGAUUGAAUGCAGUGAACUCCGGGGAAUUAUGAACUACCAGGAGGUCGAGGCCCUCAAACAUACCAUCAAGCUUCUAACUGUCAUUAAAUGGCAUGGACCAAAAUGCAACAAGUUGAAUUCUAAAUUCUGGAAACGUUUACAGUACGAAAUGCCUUUUAAGAGGAUAGAACCCAUCACACACGAGCAGGUUUUAGAUGUCAGUGAGCAGGGGCCCUUUGGGGAACUGCAGACGGUCUCAGCAAUUUCAAUGGCUGCUGCCACCUCCACUGCUCUUGCCACUGCCCAUCCAGAUCUGCGCUCCACCUUUCAUAAUACGUAUCAUUCACAGAUGCGCCAGAAACACUAUUAUAGAAGCUAUGAAUACGAUGUACCUCCUACUGGCACCCUGCCUCUUACCUCAAUAGGUAACCAGCAUACCUACUGCAACAUCCCUAUGACACUCAUCAAUGGGCAGCGGCCGCAGACAAAAACUAACAGAGAGCAGAAUCCAGAUGAGGCUCACACAAACAGUGCGAUACUGCCCCUCUUGCCACGGGAGACCAGUAUAUCAAGUGUCAUUUGGUGA